CCCCCCCCUGUCGCCCACAUUCACCCUCUCUCGCUUGCUGACACCUUGAGGGUUUUGGGUAUAUAAGAGAUGACCUCAGGAGUUAUCGCCAGUGUGUUCAGACAGCCAGGAUCAUCAUGAAGACUAUUGUAUUUUUCCUGCUGGUGGCGGCCGCGGCGGCUGACAAGCCCUCCGACGACCACUUCGCGGCCAUCCUGAAGAGCGCGCAGCACACGCCCAACGAGGAGGGCGCCCACAGCUUCGACUUCGAGUCCGAAAACGGAAUCGUCUUCCACGUGUCCGGCUCCCAGGGCGCCACCGGCGGCGCCAACAGCAUCGGCGACUGGAGCUACCCCCUGCCUGACGGCUCUCUGGCCGAAGUCAAGUUCGUGGCCAACGAGAACGGCUACCAGCCCGAGUCCUCCCUCCUGCCCGUGGCCCCCGCCUUCCCCCACCCCAUCCCCGACUUCGUCCUCCGCCAGAUCGAGUUCGCCGAGCAGCAGAGGGCGGCCGAAGCUCGUGGGAACCUCCGCAGGGACUAACAGGGCUGUCGCUGUCAAACGACCCCCAGAACGAGACGACCGUCAGAAUGGCUACCGAUCCUCCUAUUCGAUGUGCAUUAUUUAUCUUUAAAUUAUUAAUGUUUCCCAGUAUUAUUUGUAGACCGAAAUAAAGCAAAGAUGCAUCAUA